AUGACGUUACUGGAGCAGUGCUGCAUGAUUGGGAAGCUCGCCCGGGGUCAAACCACGUCGGUGUACGAGGCAAUCGGCGGUGACCGGAGAGACAGCCGCAACUUCUCCUACUUCCUCAGCAAGGAUACCUCGCGCUUCCUCAUCGCCGACUUCUACACAGCCGGAAGAAAGGACACGCUAAAGGGCGUGUACCUGGACUGGGACUACCCAGGCGACGCGUGCGGGAGCCCAAAUGACACCGAGAAUUUGAUCGCCUUUGUGGCCGACCUGCGUUCUCUGAACCUCUCCGUAAUUCUGGCCGUACCACCGGAGCCGGCGCUUGUGUCGCAUUAUAAUCUGCCUCGCGCGAUGCCGCUGGUCGAGUACGUGGUGGUCAAGACGCACACGCUGCGUCUCAACCGCGCCGUCUACUGCAGCGGGGCCCGCCGGUAUGCAGCCCGCGUCUUCACCGACGUCCGCAGCUUGUUGCCGCCGCAGCUGCGCAACAAGCUCGCCUACUCUAUAUCGGUUGCUCCCGACACAUUUACGGCCCGCCAGGCAGUCAUGGGCACUGUAAGCCUGGGUCCUUCGACAUGGGAGAACUACACCAAGAAACCCGACAAGACGCACUACGCUGCCAUUUGCCACAUGAACGCCACGCGGUUCCCUGAACACCCCGAGUGCGCCCUAGUGUCACAAGGGAGCGGCACGAACUUCAAGGUCGCCACUUUCGCGGGACCCGGGGAAUUGCGGACCCGUAUGCGAAAGGCUUACGACGACGGCAUGGGCGACGUACCCAUUGUGGUAUACGACAUUGAUUUGGACGACUUCAAGGGUCAUUGUCCUGCCGGCGUCAUGUCCCCUCUCACACGUACCCUCGCCAUCACUACGUACAACACGUGAAGGUGUACAGCAUUGUUAUCCUACAGUGACCACAGCUGGCCAACUUGGGCUCAACGGGGGCCCUUCUCUUAAGGCUGAUGGAUACCGACUUCUCCUGUAGCAUUUAUUUGUUUCAUCUAUUGCUU